CGCGUGUACAGCUACAAGCAAAAGUGCCGGUCUCGCUGCUCAUCUGAUUGAGCUGUGCUCGUUCGAGUUCGAGAUGGCUUUUGCAGUCUCGGUCAAGCAUGCCGGACAGAAGCAUGAUCUACAGCUCGACCCCAGCGCCGACAGUCCGGCGAGCUUCAAGCAACGAAUCUACGAAAAGACGGGCGUUCCCGUCGCUCAACAAAAGGUGCUCGUCAAGGGUGGUCAACUCAAAGAUGAUGCAGACUGGUCAAAGCUGGGCAUCAAGCCGGGCCAUGCCUUCAUGCUCAUCGGCACUGCCGAAGCUUUGCCUGUGCCCCCGCCAGAAAAGAUCGUCUUCAUGGAAGACAUGACAGACUCUGAGCUAGCCAAAGUGUCUAGUGAUCCUUCUGGUCUCAUCAAUCUCGGCAAUACGUGCUACAUGAACAGCACCGUUCAGGUCUUGCGGGCCAUACCCGAGCUACAGACUGCACUCAACUCCUAUCCUGGCACUCUCAGCUCUCAGCAGAGCGAUUCGGCACUCACUGCGUCCCUACGUGAUCUCUACAAGGAUCUCAGCUCUCAGCCAGGCGGGCCACAGUCCGACGGCUAUCCGCCCCUUCUCUUCUGGCAAAUUCUUAAAGGACACGUUCCCCAGUUCCAGGAGAUGCGCGAGGGCAGGCCCGCACAGCAGGAUGCCGAAGAAUGCUGGAAUGCGAUCGUCAACGCGCUCAGAGGGACCCUCGAUAGCCUGCCCGGCGCGUCAAACGGUACGGAUCGUACAGCUAGAUUUGUGCAGCAGUACAUGACCGGCGAGAUCAUCACUGAGACCAAAUCGGUAGAAGCGCCAGCAGAAGCGUCAAGCUAUUCCUCCGAGCCUUUCUUAGAGCUCAAAUGUAACAUCACUGUCGAUACCAACUACAUGAUGGCCGGCAUAAAGCACGCGCUCGAUCAACCCGUCGAAAAGACGAGCCCAACCUUGGGACGCCUGGCACAGUAUCAACAAAUCAGCCGUAUCAAUAGAAUGCCGCACUACCUGACGGUUCACUUUGUUCGCUUCUACUACAACCGACAAACACGCUCGAAGGCAAAGAUUAUGCGCAAAGUGAAAUUUCCCUUUGACCUCGAUGUACAAGAGAUACUGUCCGAUGACUUGAAAAAGAAGACCAAAGCAGUAACCGACCGCUUCCAGGAGAUCGAAAAAGAUCGUCGAGAACGGGGCAAGGUCAGAAAGCGUACAAAAAUUGCUAUAGCGCCGGCCGCGAAGGAUUCGACGAUUGGCACGUCUGCUGGUACGAGUGACUCGGCGUCUGCCAUCGAGCCAGCAGCUGCCCGCGAUGAUGACACCGAACUGUAUACAGCCGCUGGCGAAGCAAAGAAGCGUGCUGCGGAGUACCUAGAUCUGCAACAAAUCAUGGAUCCAAGCCUGACAGGCGAUGCGGGCUCCAAUCCGACUGGCUUGUAUGAAUUAUGGGGAAUCGUUACCCAUAAGGGCGCAAGCGCCGAAGGGGGCCAUUACCUCGCCUGGGUCAAAAGCGCUGCCAACCCUGCCGGUCCUGCGUAUGAUCCGAUUUCACGCUACGACGGCGAUCCGGACAAAGAAGAGUGGUUCAAAUUUGACGACGCGAAGGUCACGACGGUGACAAGAGACAAGAUUGCUCAGCUCGACGGUGGCGGCGAGGACAGCAGUGCUUAUAUUCUGUUGUAUCGCGCAAAGGACCUCGAGUGAGAUCGACGUACAAUAGACGGCACAUUGCAUGCGAUAGUACCAACAACAGUUGCAACCAAUGCAAAUUCGUGUCUAAAAUG